GCAUGUAAAUCAGUAACAGGUUGAGAGCGACAUGUACAAGUAGCGAAUCUAACGGUCUGACAUACUGUAGACAUUUUGUUUUAUUAAUUACUAGACAACAACAUUUAGUCAGAAUGAUUUGGUUUACUUGCGUGACGGUGUUUUUGUUGAGCGCUUUGGUCGAAGGAGCGGAGAAGAAAGAGGGAGAUGACGAGUGGGUUAAUCUCCCCAAUAAAUGUGAAGUGUGUAAGUUUGUGAGUAUCGAGAUGAAGUCUGCCUUUGACGAGACGGGGAAAACCAAGGAAGUCAUUGAGAGGAACUACCGUUUCCUUGACAACAACAAGGGAGCUCCGCCAAUCAAAUAUGUCAAGUCAGACAUCCGUUUCAUUGAGGUUGUGGAGAAUGUGUGUCAGAGGCUCUCUGGCUACAACCUACACAAGGAGAGGGAGGGCAGCAACCGCUUUGCCAAGGGCAUGUCUGAGACCUUCUCUACCCUGCAUGGGCUGGUCCAUAAGGGGGUGAAGGUCGUGAUGGACAUCCCCUAUGAGCUCUGGAACGAAACCUCCGCAGAGGUCGCCGAUCUCAAGAAGCAGUGUGAUGUUAUGGUAGAGAAGUAUGAGGAGGUGAUAGAGGACUGGUACAAAGGCAGUCAGGAGGAAGAUCUCACCACCUACCUCUGUGAGAAACACGUUCUGAAGGGACAGGACACCGGUAAUACACACAGAUACGCACGACCACACACACACACACACAGAUGGUCCCACAGUUAA